AUGUUUACUAAUCGAUGUCUAUUUAUUCAUCGUUUAUCAUCUUCAAUUAUUGUCUGGCGUUAUAAUCAAACAAAUUUAAAAACUCAAAAUGUUACAUCCCAUUCAAAAGAACUUUAUAAUUGGAAUAUAGCUAUGACAGAAUCAAAUAAACAUAAAACACCUAAAAAUACACUUAUAUUAUUUGAUAAAUUAAUAAAUCAAUAUCCAAAUAUUACACCUAAUUUCAUAACCUAUCUUCUUGCAUUAAGUGCUUGUAUACGUUUAGGAAAUUUACAUGAAGGAAAACGUAUUCACGAAUAUAUUCGACAAAAAUGGUCGACAACAAUUGAUACAAACGAACAGAUUAAAAUUCAUACUUGUCUUAUACAACUCUAUACUACAUGUGGUGAUUUAAAAACUGCUGAAGAAAUUUUCUUCAAUGAACAACUUAAUCAAUAUGCUUUUCCUGUAAAUACUUUAAUGAAAGGUUAUAUAGUAAAUAAUCAAGCUAAACAAGCUAUUCAACUUGCUGAAUAUUUACCAAAACAUGAACGAAAUAUUAUUACAUAUUUAUUAUGGACUAAUGCUAUAGCACAAUUAGGUGAUAUUACAAUGGCUAAUACAAUUCAUUUAGAAUUAAAAACUUUACCAUUAUCAACUCAAGCAUUUUUUGCUAAUGAUCAACGAUUAAUGAAUGCAUUAAUUAAUAUGGAUGGAAAGUGUGGAAAUAUAACUCGAAUGGAAGAAACAUUUAAAAAUUUUAAACAAGCAGAUAUAAUUACAUAUACAACUCUUGCUAAAGCGUAUAUUGUUAAUAAUUUACCAAUUAAAGCUCUUGCUAUAUAUGAUCAUUUGAAACAAACAAAUCAAAUUGGUUGUGAUGAAGUUAUGUAUUUAGUUGCAUCGAAUGCAGCUGGUAAAUUAGGUUUAUUAUCACGUGCUCGUUCAAUACAUAAUGAUAUUAUUUCAAGUGGUAUAAAUUAUGAAACAAAUGAAAAAAUUCUCAAUACAUUAAUGGAUACAUAUGGAAAAUGUGGAGAUUUAAAUUCUGCUAGAGAAAUUUUUAAUAAAUUAAAAAUUCAAAGUAAACCAAGUAUUUCAUCAAUGAUUAAUAUAUAUGGAAUAAAUUCUCAAGCAUUAGAAGCUGUUGCUUUAUAUUAUAACACAAAAGAUAAACUAACAGGAAAUAUUCAAUCAAUAUUAAUUAGUGUUUUAACUGCUUGUGCUCAUGGUGGUUUAGUAGAAGAAGCUCAAAAAAUAUUUGAUGAUAUUCCAAAUGAAAAACGAUCAAUUAAAAUAUGGAAUGCACUAGUUGAUGUUUAUGGUCGUGCUGGUCAAUUAUCUGAAGCUCAUUCAUUAAUUGAUUUAUUUGAAAAAACUCAUCCUCGUGCACCGGUUUUAUAUAUUUCUUUAUUAGCUGCUUGUCGUACACAUAAAAAUGCUAAAUUAGCACUUGAAAUUCAUGAUGAAUUAAUGUCAUCAAAUACAUUAUUAACUGAUGAUCAACGUUCAGCUAUUGUUGUAUUAACAGCCAAUGUUCAUUCAUCUAUUGGUGAUCAUAAUCGUUCAUUAUCUCUCCGACAAACUUUAUAUCGUGAUAAAAUACCUAAAUAUGCAGGCGUAACAUGGACAGAAAUAAAUGGAAUAAUGUAUGAAUUUUAUGCUCAAGAUAUUCGACAUCCUCGAUCAAAAGAAAUUUAUGAACAAUUAGAAAUAUUACAUGAACGAUUAAAAAAAUUAGGUUAUCAACCUGAUGAAAGUGUUUUAACGAAAGAAGAACGAAAUAUUGAAUGGAGUAUACAUGGACAUUCAGAAAGAUUAGCAAUUGCAUGGAAUUUAAUAUCAACAUCACCUGGUACAACAAUACAAUUAACAAAAAAUUUACGAAUGUGUAUUGAUUGUCAUGAAGUAUCAAAACUUAUUGCACAAUUAACACAAAGAGAAAUUAUUGUUCGAGACAGAUUAAGAAUACAUUAUUUUACUAAAGAUGGUCAUUGUUCAUGUGAUAAUCAUUUUUAA